UCAUCCUCGGUUUCUCAAUCGCUGUACUAGCGCGCGGACACGCUCGUCUUGGACAGAUUUUGUUGGAGUGGAACCAGGAAGGGUGGCGGGCUGUACUCGCGCGAACGGUUCGCUUGGUGGCGCGCGGUCGUAGAAGGAUCGAGGGUAACACCAACCGCGUAGACAGUGUAGCCGGCCAACGAGGAUCGGGAGAGGACGAUUUUCUCGAUUCCCCCGCCGGUACCAUGUCGGAAAAACCAGUAAGCUUCAUGGUCGGCGAACCCGACGCCGAUCCAUCCGAGGAAUUGGAGAUCGAGGAUAUCUUCCCGUCUGAGGGGACAGAUCCCGGCCCUUACCAGGUGCAGCAGACUAUCAUACCGGGGAUGGUCGAACGCCGCAAACGGCUCAGGCCCAGCAUGUCGCAGGGCACGGUGAUGAUCCAGGCGCAGAGUAGGCUCCUUGAGAAGGACUUCACCAUCGCCACACCUGAGGAAUUCGUUCACCGGUUUGGCGGGACCAAAGUUAUCAAUAAGAUCCUGAUUGCAAAUAACGGAAUAGCGGCAGUAAAAUGCAUGCGUUCGAUACGUCGUUGGUCCUACGAAAUGUUCAAGAACGAACGAGCCGUCCGAUUCGUCGUGAUGGUCACGCCGGAGGAUCUGAAAGCGAAUGCGGAAUACAUCAAAAUGGCGGACCAAUAUGUUCCUGUACCCGGCGGAGCGAACAACAACAAUUAUGCGAACGUCGAGCUGAUCGUCGACAUCGCCAUACGCACCCAGGUCCAGGCCGUAUGGGCUGGAUGGGGUCACGCCUCCGAGAACCCGAAAUUACCGGAAUUGUUACAUAAAAACAACAUUUGUUUCAUCGGACCGUCUGAGAGAGCAAUGUGGGCACUUGGCGACAAAAUCGCGUCCAGUAUAGUGGCACAGACUGCAGAAGUACCGACGCUGCCUUGGUCGGGAUCAGAGCUGAAAGCUCAAUAUAGCGGAAAAAAGAUAAAGAUAUCUUCGGAAUUGUUCAAAAAAGGAUGCGUUUCAUCGGCGGAAGAGUGUUUGGCGGCAGCAAAUAAAAUUGGAUUUCCGAUCAUGGUGAAAGCCAGUGAAGGAGGUGGCGGUAAAGGCAUUAGAAAAGUCGAGAACGCUGAAGAAUUACCCACGUUGUUUAGACAGGUACAAACUGAGAUACCUGGAUCUCCUAUAUUUAUUAUGAAACUGGCAAAGUGUGCUCGACACUUGGAGGUUCAGUUAUUAGCUGAUAAUUAUGGAAACGCGAUAUCAUUGUUUGGCCGUGAUUGCUCUAUUCAGAGAAGACAUCAGAAAAUUAUUGAAGAAGCGCCAGCUGUGAUCGCCAAGCCGGAAGUGUUUGAAGAAAUGGAGAAGGCCGCAGUAAGAUUGGCUAAAAUGGUUGGGUAUGUUAGCGCCGGCACUGUCGAAUACCUGUACGACACUUCUGGACGGUACUACUUUUUGGAAUUGAACCCGCGUCUGCAAGUGGAGCAUCCUUGCACCGAGAUGGUGUCAGAUGUCAAUUUACCUGCUGCUCAGCUUCAAAUUGCCAUGGGAUUACCGUUGCACCAUAUUAAAGAUAUUCGUCUGCUUUACGGUGAAAAUCCAUGGGGUGACAGCAUUAUCGAUUUUGAUCAGCCAGGACACAAACCUCAGCCGUGGGGUCACGUGAUAGCUGCAAGAAUUACUAGUGAAAAUCCUGAUGAAGGUUUCAAGCCAAGUUCGGGCACUGUCCAAGAACUGAACUUCCGGUCCUCGAAGAACGUCUGGGGUUAUUUCUCGGUAGGAGCUUCUGGCGGUCUUCACGAGUUCGCGGACUCACAAUUCGGUCACUGUUUCUCCUGGGGAGAAGAUCGUCACCAAGCCAGGGAGAAUUUGGUCAUUGCUCUGAAAGAGUUGAGCAUCAGGGGUGACUUUAGGACGACCGUCGAAUAUUUGAUUACAUUACUCGAAACUGAAUCCUUCCAGCAAAACAACAUAGACACGGCUUGGCUCGAUUUGUUAAUUUCUGAGCGUGUUAGAAGCGACAAACCGGAUAUAUUGUUGGCCGUGACUUGCGGGGCUCUUCAUAUUGCUGAUAGAACAAUUACUGCAGCAUUCUCUGGGUUCCAAACUGCAUUGGAAAAGGGACAAAUACAAGGUGGUAAUGAUUUGGACAACGUGAUUGAUAUCGAACUCAUUAAUGAUGGCUUUAAAUAUAAAGUACAAGCUGCCAAAUCAGGACCCAACAGUUACUUUCUUGUCAUGAACGGUUCGUAUAAGGAAGUAGAAGUACACCGAUUGUCGGAUGGAGGUCUGUUACUCUCAUUGGAUGGUGGAAGUUUCACUACCUACAUGAAAGAGGAAGUCGAUCGUUACAGAAUUGUCAUAGGCAAUCAAACGUGUAUCUUCGAGAAAGACAAUGAUCCGUCUUUGUUACGAUCACCUUCGGCUGGAAAGCUGAUCAGCUUUCUGGUUGAAGAUGGCGGUCACGUUACUGCUGGACAAGCCUAUGCAGAGAUUGAGGUUAUGAAAAUGGUAAUGACGGUUACAGCAAGCGAAGCUGGAAAAGUUUUUUACAUUAAAAGGCCAGGUGCCAUUCUCGAGGCUGGUACUCAGAUCGCUAAAUUAGAAUUAGAUGAUCCAUCGUUGGUAACCAAAGCCCAGGAGUAUACUGGUCAGUUCCCCGAGACUGAAGCGCCCGCUGUUUCUGAGAAAUUAAACCAUCUCCAUGCAAAGUACAGAAUCGGUUUGGAAAAUAUUUUGGCUGGAUAUUGCUUGGCUGACCCGUACCACGUGCCUCGUGUACGAGAACUUCUUGAGAAAUUCAUGAACUCGUUGCGAGAUCCUAGUCUACCCUUGCUCGAGCUUCAAGAGGUAAUCGCCUCGAUAUCCGGAAGAAUUCCAAUUUCCGUCGAGAAGAAAAUCAGAAAACUGAUGUCGCUCUACGAGAGAAACAUCACUUCCGUUUUGGCCCAAUUCCCUAGUCAGCAAAUCGCCGCAGUGAUCGAUGGACACGCGGCGAGUCUUUCGAAGCGAUCCGAACGAGACGUCUUCUUCUUGAAUACACAAGUUAUAGUGCAAUUAGUACAAAAGUAUAGGAAUGGAAUACGUGGAAGAAUGAAGACAGUGGUUCACGAGCUUCUGAGAGAUUAUUAUACUGUCGAGAGCCAGUUCCAACAAGGUCAUUACGACAAGUGUGUUUCUGCUUUGAUAGAGCAACACAAAGACGACGUAGCUGCCGUAACAGCCAUAAUCUUCAGUCAUAAUCAAGUUACCAGAAAGAACGUCCUGGUGACUAUGUUGAUUGAUCACAUUUGGGCGAACGAGCCUGGUCUCACAGACGAAUUGUCAAGUACCCUGACAGAGUUGACUAGUCUGAAUCGUACAGAGCACAGCAGGGUGGCAUUGCGCGCCAGACAGAUCUUGAUUGCUGCUCACCAACCCGCCUACGAAUUGCGACAUAACCAAAUGGAGUCUAUUUUCUUGUCAGCGGUGGACAUGUACGGUCACGAUUUCCAUCCAGAAAACUUACAGAAAUUGAUCCUAUCGGAAACGUCAAUCUUCGAUAUUCUGCAUGACUUUUUCUAUCAUACUAAUCGUGCAGUCUGUAACGCUGCGUUGGAAGUUUACGUUCGAAGAGCGUACAUUAGUUAUGACCUAACCUGUUUGCAACACCUGGAACUCUCGGGCGAAGUUCCUCUUGUGCAUUUCCAGUUCUUGUUGCCGAAUAAUCAUCCCAAUCGACAAAAUCAAUCCGCGGUGAAUCAUAGAAUUGGAGCCAUGACAGCCUUCCACGAUAUGGAACAGUUCGUCAGAUAUUCCGAUGAAGUGCUAGACCUAUUGGAAGACUUGGCUUCGCCUAUCGCAGUCUCUGCCAAAGUUCUGGAGGCGGUGGAGGCCAUUGGCAGCGAGUCUAGACACAGCACAUCUAUAAACGUGUCUAUAAGUACUGCAGAAGCUGGUGUUGCAGCGGAGAUGGGCGAGAGAUCCGUUGAGCCGGUACACAUUUUAAGCAUUGCCGUUCAAGAUAAUAAAGAGAAUCGCGACGAUGUCUUUCUGGCACAAUUAUUUGGAGACUGGUGUACCACGAACAAAGAGGAAUUGAUCUCACGAGGUAUCCGAAGAGUAACGUUCUCUGCUUUGAAGAAACGACAGUUCCCGAAAUUCUUUACCUUCCGUCAAAGAGACGGUUUCUUGGAAGAUAAAAUUUAUCGACACCUCGAGCCCGGUUGUGCGUUCCAGUUGGAGCUGAACAGAAUGAGAACCUAUGACCUGGAGGCCCUGCCCACGUCCAAUCAAAAGAUGCACCUCUACCUUGGCCAUGCAAAGGUCGCCAAAGGGCAACAGGUGACCGACUAUCGGUUCUUCAUUCGUUCAAUUAUAAGACAUUCUGAUCUAAUCACUAAAGAGGCCAGUUUUGAUUAUCUUCAUAACGAGGGUGAGCGUGUUUUAUUGGAGGCCAUGGAUGAGUUAGAAGUUGCGUUCUCGCAUCCACUAGCCAAACGCAGCGAGUGCAAUCAUAUUUUCCUGAACUUUGUACCCACGGUUAUUAUGGAUCCCGUGAGAAUAGAGGAAAGCGUGACCAGUAUGGUACUCAGAUACGGACCCAGAUUGUGGAAAUUAAGAGUACGUCAGGCUGAAAUCAAAAUGACAAUUCGCCCGUCCCCAGGCAUGCCAACGUCCAUUAUACGCUUGUGUAUUGCCAAUGAUAGCGGUUAUAGUAUAGAUUUACAUAUGUACACAGAGGUAACAGAUCCAAAGACAGGUAUUAUUCGCUUUGAGACUUUCCAGUCGCCGACCGCAAGCGGUGGUAUCCGGAGGUCAGGACCUAUGCAUGGUUUACCGAUCUCCACGCCAUAUUUAACCAAAGAUUAUCUUCAAGCGAAACGAUUCCAGGCUCAAAGUGCUGGCACGACUUACGUGUACGACUUACUCGACAUAUUCAGACAACAAACGGAAAAACUCUGGCAUACGUACAUAGAAGAAAGACCAAAUUGCAAUCUAACCAUCCCAAGUUCUGUGAUGGACUACGUGGAAUUUGUGUUGGAGGGUGAUAACCUAGUGGAACAGAAGCGUCUCCAUGGUGAGAAUAAUGUGGGUAUGGUGGCUUGGAAAUUAAGACUCUACACGCCAGAAUAUCCAGACACUGGGCGGGACAUUAUAUUGAUAGCAAACGAUCUGACGCAUUUAAUUGGUUCGUUCGGUCCGAAGGAGGACUUACUAUUCUGCAGAGCGUCUGAACGGGCCAGAGAGCUUGGAAUUCCUAGAAUCUAUUUCUCCGCGAACUCUGGCGCUCGCAUCGGUCUGGCGGAAGAAGUGAAAGCGUUGUUCAGGAUCGCUUGGGAGGAUGAGAAUGAACCGGAGAAAGGCUAUAAAUAUAUUUAUUUGACACCGGACGACUACGCGCGGUUAGCACCAUUUAAUUCUAUAAAGGCUUCGUUGAUCGAAGAUCGAGGAGAAUCUCGUUACAAGAUUACUGAUAUUAUCGGCAAGGAGGACGGUCUUGGUGUGGAGAACUUGAAAUACGCUGGUAUGAUAGCUGGAGAAACGUCCAGAGCCUACCAGGAUAUAGUCACGAUCUCUAUUGUGUCCUGUAGAGCUAUCGGUAUUGGAGCUUACCUGUUACGUCUUGGACAGAGAGUCAUUCAGAUAGAGAACUCGCACAUUAUCUUGACCGGUUAUAGAGCGUUGAACACUGUACUAGGCCGUGAAGUGUACGCUAGUAACAAUCAACUGGGUGGUACGCAAAUCAUGCACAACAAUGGUGUUUCGCAUGCGACAGAUGAAAGAGACUUGGACGGUGUUGAAACUGCAUUAAAAUGGCUGAGCUAUUGUCCUAGGUUUAAAGGAGCACCUCUUCCUAUAUUACCGUCACCGCUUCCCGAUCCGGUUGACAGAGAAAUCAGUUAUGUUCCAACAAAGGCAGCCUACGAUCCUAGAUGGAUGCUUGAAGGCAGGCAUAUACAGAACGAGGUGAAUGCUUGGGAAAGUGGAUUCUUUGACCGAGGUUCUUGGCAGGAAAUAAUGAGACCUUGGGCUCAAACUGUCGUAACUGGACGAGCCAGAUUAGGUGGCGUUCCAUGCGGUGUCAUUGCAGUAGAAACAAGGACUGUCGAGCUGCAUUUACCAGCUGACCCUGCGAAUUUAGAUUCCGAGGCCAAAACAAUAUCUCAAGCGGGGCAAGUAUGGUUCCCUGACAGCGCGUACAAAACUGCCCAGGCCAUUCAAGAUUUUGCAAGAGAAGAGUUGCCACUCUUUAUAUUUGCCAAUUGGAGAGGUUUCUCUGGUGGAAUGAAAGAUAUGUAUGAACAGAUCAUCAAAUUCGGCGCUUACAUAGUAGACGGACUAAGAGAAUAUACAAAACCAAUAUUUGUAUAUAUCCCACCAAAUGGAGAAUUGAGAGGUGGUGCCUGGGCAGUAGUCGACCCGACUAUAAACCCUCGUUACAUGGAAAUGUUUGCUGAUACUACAAGCAAAGCAGGUGUUCUGGAACCCGAGGCAAUAGUGGAAAUCAAGUUUAGGAUGAAAGAUAUACUGAAGGCUAUGCACAGGGUGGACACAGUUAUUCAGAAGCUUAAAGAGAAAUUAUCCACUGUAAGUUCACCAGAAGAAAGAACAGAAAUCGAGUCUCAGAUACGCAAGAGAGAACAAUACUUGGAACCUAUGUAUCACCAAGUUGCAGUUCAUUUCGCAGAUCUCCACGACACACCGGAAAGAAUGUUCGAGAAGAACGCAAUUCACGACAUUGUACCAUGGCGAAAGGCUCGGCGAUUACUUUAUUGGCGGCUCAGGAGACGACUUUUAGAAGAUACGAUAAAGGAAGAAAUAAUUUCCACGCAACCGCAUCUUAAUGUUCGACAAGUUGGUGCAAUGUUACGUAGGUGGUUCAUAGAAGACAAGGGUCCCACAGAAUCCUACUUGUGGGAUCAGGAUGAAACUGUGACCAACUGGCUGGAAGGUCAAUGCGAUGACGCGAACAGUGUUGUAUCGCGUAAUAUCACUUGCGUGAAACAGGACGCGGUCGUUUCACGAAUCAAAGAAGCUCUCGAGGCCUGCCCAGAAGUGAGGUUAACCGCAAUUUUAGAAAUUGCCCACCGAUUACAGCCGACAGAACGCGCGGAAUUGCUUAGGACAUUAUCACAAAUAGAAACUACCACCCAGGAACACCAUCAUGACUCGAGCGCCUCGUCUUAGCUUUGAGAAAGCCCACCCGAUUCUCUGACUAUCCCACGUACCUGGUGUAUGUAACUCCGUUAGAAUUAAUUGUACAGACACUCGUUAUUUCAUCUUGUUAAUAGUAAAUUCUACGGGAAUAGUAUAAUUUCGCAGAGGUAAUAAUAAGUGCUUCUGUCGAUAGCGUUACUUGAUGGUAGAGAGGAAAGUGUAAAGACGCGCGUUAGUGCGGUUCAACGGUGAUGCUAUCGGAUAUCAGACAAUGUUACUGCCGUUUCCUAAACCGAUAAGUGUAUUCCCAAAUAUAGAAAUUAUAUUAUAUAUAUAUUUAUUUUUAGAAAAA